CGUUCCGAGCGUUCGGGCCCUUUCCCCACACAAGUCAAGGACUGGGCAAGACAGAUCUGUCCAAAAAGGAAGUUGAUGUGUACCCGCCUAUAUGCCAUCUUUAUCACGCAGCCGCCUCCGUUUCACCGCCCUGUGCAGCGGCGUACUUGUCAAUUCACGCGAACACUCGACCGUUCAGGUGUCGAAUCGGCUGAAAUCUAUUGCCCUGUACAAAGAGCUUCACCGUCUUGGCAGAGAACACGAUCCAGCGUGUGUCCUCCCGUUAGAGGCCAAGACCCCAUCUGCAAGUCUGAUCCUCCCAGAUAUAACUUCCAUGGCAAAUUGAGGAGCCUUUUCGAACGCAACAGGUCUUUAAGCGCGCCGGAAGACAUCGAAAGAGCGUUCCGGCUGUGUGACUACAUCAAACGAGAAACGUUGGCACUCUAUUCCCUGCGAAAGUAUCGGCAUCUCAAGCGGAUGUAUCCUCCUCCGCCCCCGCCUCCCACUCGAUGACUCGGCCCCAGCCCCCGGAGCCACUGCGCAACAGGCACACAGAGGGGUGACGUAGUGCGGGAAAUUUUGCUCCGGAUCUGCGAAAGAUACUUAUGGUAUGUAUACUGUAUGGGAGAAGAGCGGGACCCGGCAGCACAGUGUGGUACUUCCCCGAUCAGAUUUACCGGAAGUGACCGAAAUCAUCUUUCUCUUUUCUCCCCCUCCAGUUUUGUUGAGGAAUGUUGUGGGCGAUGCUUUCGAGUACAUGAUAUCCUUUCAAUCCCUACCCGUUGAGCUUCUUUAUGAAGUCCAACUAUAUGCGUUUUCGGCAGCACUGCCCGUAACUAGUCGACGGUUGUUCGAUAGACACGAACUAGCGUAGGGGGAGUCGUAUCCAAAGCUCUACGCUUCCCCUUGUGCUCGACCGCUGUGCUCGAUAUAAUUCUUCGUGUUUGGCCCGGCAGCACGCCUUCGCCCUGGGCUCCAGAUUCAUCCGCGAACGAAGCAAGAUUGACACUGCGACCAAAACCGUCUCUCGCCUCACACCCGGGCCCCGAACUGCCUCGUCGAUGGUUCCGGAACCUUACUGCACGCACUGAGACCCAGGUCCCGUUCUCGGAAUCUGAUCAGCCACUGCCCUUCUUGCGCCACCUGUAUUCGUCUUCUCACCUUGCCGCAUCUCCCCCCAACGCAGAUGCACACGCUGGGUAUGCCUUGACCCGUGCCGUCCAUGCCGAGUUUGUCCCUCUCAUACGUUUCCUGCUCUCUCAUGGGGCUUCGCUCGGACAUAAGAACAGCCUGCCUGUUUUCGUAGCCAUCAGACGCAAAAGUUUGGCUCUGGUGAAGCUUCUCAUUGAACGCAAAGACGAUGAAGACCAGCCGAAGGGAACGAGGAAAAGGGGAACAAACGGCGUCGGUUGGAGGAUCGCGUCGCGAUCACGCCCGAUAUGUUGCGGGCAGCGGUCAAGGCAAAUGCGCGCGAUAUCGCAGACUAUUUUAUGCUGGAAAAAGAUGUUGUUCCAGACAUGCAGACCUUGCAAAUUCUCAUGCGGGAGUAGUCUGAUUAUAUUGUUCCUUUGGAAUCUACCACUGUCAGCGAAUAUGAACGGUGACCGACUGAUGAACUACUUCCUGACCUCUGCGAGUCGUAAGAUGUGAUUCAGGGCCCUUGUCUUUUGGAUGCUCUGAUUCCAUGAGCCAAGACAACAAGGAGUCCUGAUUCACUAUGCGUGGACAGUAUUCUUCGUUGACUACUUACUCUUCAUCCCGGGCCAGACAAUGAAGUCAUAAUAGUGUUGUCGAUACAGGCGUAGGUAAAUGUCACAAAUGAGUAAAACAGAGAUGCAGCAGUGUAGAACGAUGGACGAGAGAAAAACAAUGCUCAUAUGUCGUCGAUAUCCAGAUCGCCCUCAUCAUCACCAAACUCGAACGUACAUUCGCCCUCCUCCUCGCCGAAGGUAUCGGUAUCAUUGAUCUUCGCAUUCUCUGGUAGUUCCCCA